GUGGAAUCCCCCCGUAUAAAAUGCCCCCGGCACAUAAGCCGUGGUUUAGUCCGAUUUCCAGCUUUGCCCAGUGCACAUUCCCGUGGAGUCUUUCCGGUUUCGACUUCUUCAGAGUGUCGACAACCUAAAAUUCGUGUGGAAAAGCAGUAUUAACAUUUGCAGAGUGUUCAACGGUGAAGAAAAUAGCAACCAACGGAAGCAGCGAACAAAAGAACAGAAAUUACAGUGUUGAAAAUCGAUAAAAGCCGAGAUUCCAACUGCGGUGCAAGGCAGAAGUAGAGAAAAACAGAGUGGUUUUUGAAACGAAAGUGCAUUGAGCUGUUCAUUCGAUCGCUUUUUUCUGCCAAAUCAGUGUUCAGUUUAGGAUUUUCAAAACAAGAAAAAAAAACAGCAUAAACAUAGCUAAAAUCAUGGCUACAUACGCCGCAUUCAAACACGUCGAGCUGUAUAAUGUUGGAAAUACCAAAAAAAGAGUGUUGAAACCUCCAGGUGGUGGAAGCAGCGACCUAUUCGGUGCCGACAAUAUGCCCCAGACUCCACGGAACUCGAAGAAUCGUAUGCAGUCGAACAUUUUCGCAGCCCCAGACAGCCAGAAAGCUGGAAAUGUAUUUCGACAAGGGAUCCAUCGAUACUAUUUUCUCGGCGCCGAAACUCCACGCCGUGGCGUCGCCGGUCAGGAUUCGCAUAACCGUUUAUUCGGUGAGGUGGACCGUCCCUACACUCCGGCCAAGAAUCACAUGAAGAGCAAUCUGCCGAUCGGUGCGGAUCAGCCGGACGGUGUCGCCAAGGCCAACGGUCACAGCAAGACAAACGGACAUCAUCAGAACGGAAACGGUAUCGCGAGCAAUGGUCACAGCAAUGGAAACGGUAGUAUCAGCAGCAACGGUAACACCAACGGGACCGUCAAUGGACACAGCAACGGUUCUUCCUCGGCGCUGUCCCAAAAUGGAUCCACUCACAGUAACGAAAACGCAAACCCGGAUUCAGCCUACUCGACUCAUUCGCGUAACGCCACAUCAUCCCUGGGUGGGCUUCUCGGGUCUCCGGCCCGGAGCCGUCAUCUACCCUAUCAGCAGCAUCAAUUUUAUCCCAGCGGGGAGGCGCUGAAUCCGACCUACGCGUCCAAUAUUAAUCUCUGUAUCAGUGACGACAUCAUCAUUAGCGUGACCGAUCAUGACGAGGACAACGACGACCACCACCACGACAACAGCCCUGCCAGCGGCAAUGGGAAACAGCCGCAAACUUUUACUAAUGCUCAUAAUAAUGCUAAUCAUCACGUUACUACUACCGCUAGUAUUAGUGCUUUGAAUACUAACAACACUUUUGCAGCAUCACCCAAGUCGUCAUCGUCUUCGUCACCCCGUUCGCCACGAUUUAACCAGCGGAAUCCGGUCACCGGAAACGGCGUCGAGGACUAUGCCGACAAGCCACGAAAGCCAAGCUCAAGACGCGGUGCAGGUGCAGAAAAUGGCAACCCGGUGACCGGUGAAGGCUACAAAUCAGGUGGUGCAGCGGAGAUCAACACUACCGUCCCAUCUUUGAAUGCCGGAGGCCAUGUUAUUAACAAAAAUCGCAUUCCUCCCGGUGGAUUUUCGUCUGGUCUGUGGUAAUCAACAUCCUGAACGCGUUCAGGUUAUGAUUUGUGGAAAAAUGAAGAAGUAAAAAACAAAAAUUAAAUGGAACGUGUAUUGCCAGCAGAUGGAAAGACGAAGAUGUCCUUUGAAACAAAUUACUAAAUACAACUACAGAAAUUCAAACACAGCAAACGCGCCAUCAGAGACAGAAAGCCGCCCGUUGGAAUCCGACAGGAUUUGUUGGCCACAGAGAGACCAACACCAUUAUUAAACCUCACAGGUCCAUACCAUCCUAGAUUAACGAGUAGCUUCCUGUGAAAAUUUCCAAUGCAAAUCUAAAACUGAUAGUGAUAGCCCAUUAUCAUAUACAUUUAUAUUAACUGGUGUUCCGAGUAUACAUUUUUGGGUGUUUUUUCGACGAUGGUACAUUCUAACCAACAGAAAAACAUCACCAUGAAACAAAAACAAUUAAAAUAAAAAAUCGAAAUGAUAAACCAUACAGACAGUGUUUACGAAAAAUCAAUUACCUUUUUCUGUGUAGAAUAGAGGAACAAUAGGAAAGAAGUUUGUGAGCGGAAAAAAAAAGCAAAUCUCUAUCGAUUCCUGCUUGAAUUUUUGGGAGAUUUCCGAAAACAAAAAAAAAAAUCGAAUGCAGAACGAGCGAAAUCGAAUAACAAUGUACGAAUGAGGGAACCUGUAUUUAUCAUCAGACAGACUAUAUAGGAUAGGAAUGCUGCUGGCAAUUGUGAACAGCAGCGACAGCAGCGCGCACAUUCAGCAAUCAAAACACCACAUUUAACAGAGAAAGCAAGCAAAAAAUAAAAAACACACACAUAUAGUUACAAUAGGGAAACGGUUGACCUCUCGUUGCUGCGAGUAAGGGACCUACCAUCGAAUCUAAUAACAAUGUAGAAGAGCGAUCUACUAAACUUAUCACAGAACAGAACACUUAUUACACAGAACAUAAACACGCAAACGUAUUUAAUGCAGUGCAUCCAAAUGAAAAAUAUAUUACUACUAAUCGAUAGACGGUCGUGUUUUGUCACCCGGUUUUUGUUUUUUUUUUUUUUGAAUCUGUGACCCAAGAAUGUCAGUCCCCUUCGGAGGAAGUAUACUUAUAAAUAGUACCCCCUCAGACCAUUUGAGUGUCCAUUUUUUGUGUCGUUGCUUGAAAUCGAUUAAUUGGAAAUAAUUUUGAUUAAAUUAAUCAGAAAAAGCUGAUUUUUCGAACUAUGAUCACAAACACUUUUUUGCUGGAAAUCAGACAUAUUAUACAAAUCUAUAUAUAUUUAUCAUAUUAUAACGUCUUUGUACUCUCAUGAAAUAAAGUUUAAAAAACAAUAAUACGGUUAUGUAUGUCGGUGAAGUGGUUUCUUUCCAGCUAUUAUUAUAUGUGAGCGGAAGUCUCAAGUUUAGGUUUUUCUCUCCUGUACACACCUCUUCCCAAGCGGACAACCCCUAUUUGAUGAUUUUUAUAAAAUUGUUAAAUAUGCCUGUAAAGUAGCGGUUCAAAAUUUAAUGUGAACGAAAGUGGCCUCGAAACUAGAACGUUUUCAAAACUGAACAUAAGCACUAUAUUUAACCAGUUAGAAAAAAAAAUUAAAUAAAAAUAACUAAAGAAAGACAAGGAGAGAAAGCGAAAUAAUCAAUUGAAAAUCAGAAACGGUUGGUUAAUGCUGAGGUAGAAAAUUGAUAAUGGUUGGAUCGAAAAUGUACCCGGUUAUUCAAGUAUAGAACGGCAUACAUCAGAGUGUCGAGAGGAAGAGAUGAUUUAAGAGCGAUGUCGAUACAUUCUAUAUAUUUGCAUUACACUUUGAGAUAAACAUGAUAAUAAGUAAAAAAAAAAAUACAAUCCAAUAAGUAAUGACAAAACAAAUCGUAGAAAACAAACGCAACUUGAUUAUCGAACUUGAUUGAUUCACGUUUUUUUUUUCAUUUGUAAUAAUAAAUUUUAAUUUAAUA